ACCGGGCAGCUGUCACAUGACCAAGGCUAGACGGCUGCUGAGAGGGCCCAAUUUUAGACGGAAAAUAGGGGGCGAGACAGAUUUGUGUGACCGGGGGAGAGGGGGCAGCGCCCGGCCUGAGACAUGCAGAAGAUCAAGAGCCUCAUGACCCGUCAGGGCCUGAAGAGUCCACAGGAAAGCGUCCACGAUCUUAGUCCUGUGGAAAACCUCCAGAUUCCAGCAAAGGAGGAGCAGCGAGAGCCCAGAGAACACGCAACUGAUCCUCUAGCCGAGCAAGAGCUUAUCAACAGCAUUGAAGAGAUUUACUUUUCAAAUGACUCUCUUGACAUUGUGAAAUAUGAGCUUGAGAAACUGCCCCCGGUUCUCACACUGCAUGAGAUUGAGGAAUACAGAGAGAAGCUGAAGAGACAGCAGGCUGCAGUUUCCAGGAAAGUAGCAGAUCUGAUUUUGGAAAAGCAGCCCUCGUAUGUUAAGGAAUUGGAGCGCGUUACGUCCUUGCAGACGAGUCUUCAGCUGGCGGCUGUUAUUUGCUCUAAUGGGAGAAGGCACUUAAAUACCGCGAAAGAAGGCUUUACGGAGGCCAGCCUGGGAGUAUUGGCAAACCAGAGGAAACGGCAGCUAUUGAUUGGCCUGCUGAAGUCUCUGAGGACCAUUAAGACACUGCAAAGAACGGACGUCCGCCUCAGCGAAAUGCUGGAGGAAGAAGACUACCCCGGAGCCAUCCAACUGUGCUUGGAGUGUCAGGAGGCGGCAAGUACCUUUAAACACUACAGCUGUAUAAGUGAACUGAAUUCAAAGCUGCAGGACACUUUAGAACAGAUCGAGGAACAACUAGAUGUGGCACUCUGUAAGAUCUGCAAGAACUUUGAUGUCACUCACUAUACAAAAGUGCAGCAGGCGUAUAGACUUCUGGGGAAAACGCAGACGGCAAUGGACCAGCUGCACAUGCACUUCACGCAGGCAAUCCACAACACAGUGUUCCAAGUUGUUCUGGGAUAUGUGGAGCUUUGUGCAGGAAACUCGGAUACAAAAUUUCAGAAACUGCCUUACAAGGACCUAUGUAUGCACAUAACGUCAGACAGCUACAUUCCAUGCUUAACCGACCUCUGCAAAGCACUCUGGGAAGUUAUGCUGAGUUACUUUCGCACAAUGGAGUGGCAUGAAAAAUUUGAUCAGGAGGAACCCCAAGCCACAUCUGAUAGUAACAGUGUGCCCGCUACAGAAGAGAACAAUUUUGAUCGAAAUUACAUCAAAAAGAAACUGGAGCACGGACUGACACGCAUAUGGCAGGACGUUCAGCUUAAAGUCAAGACGUAUCUCCUUGGAACAGAUAUGUCCAACUUCAAAUAUGAUGACUUCAUUGUUGUUUUGGAUAUAGUCAGCAGGCUUAUGCAGGUCGGGGAGGAGUUCUGUGGCAGCAAAUCUGAGGUCCUGCAAGAAUCCAUUAGGAAGCAGAGUGUGAACUAUUUUAAGAAUUAUCACAGAACACGCCUUGAAGAGCUCCGAAUGUUCCUCGAAAAUGAGACCUGGGAGCUUUGCCCGGUCAAAUCCAGUUUUAGCAUAUUACAGUUACACGAAUUUAAGUGUUUGGGACAAUCCCGCUCUCCGUCCAUGUCACCAAGUAAGCAGGCCACUUCAGCCGAUUCUGCUGCCGUGUCAUUAUUUGAGCAGUACACCAGUGGAGGGAAUCCUUUUGAGAUACAAUCCGAAUUGAAAGACGAUGAAACGGAGGAUGUUCUGGCUUCAAAUGGGUACGAAUCCGACGAGCUGGAGAAAAGUGCUUAUCAGGAGUACGACAGUGACAGCGACGUCCCCGAAGAACUAAAGAGGGAUUAUGUUGAUGAGCAGACUGGAGAUGCACCGUCAAAAAGUGUUUCCAGAGAGACCCUGAGGAGUCGCAAGAGAUCCGAUUACAGUCUGAACAAGGUGAACGCUCCCAUCCUGACAAACACUACGCUGAACGUAAUAAGGCUUGUGGGAAAAUACCUGCAGAUGAUGACCAUACUGAAGCCAAUCGCCUUUGAUGUCAUUCACUGCAUGUCGCAGCUUUUCGACUACUACCUUUACGCCGUAUACACGUUUUUCGGCAGAAAUGAUGCGUAUGAAUCCACCGGGCUUGGCCUGAGCAGCAGCAGACUGCGGACUACCCUGAACAGGAUUCAGGAAAGUCUCAUUGACGUGGAAGUGGCAGGUGAAAACGUGGGAUCUCUGGCCCCGGGAGAAGAAAGGAAAGAGAAGGUUCCGAGUCCGCACUUUAGCCAACUGGUGGCGCUAACGGAGAGUAACACCCUGUAUGGGCUCGCCCAGAGAGUAGUCGCUACAGAGUCCCUGGUUUUCUUGGCUGAACAGUUUGAAUUUCUGCAGACGCAUCUCGACUCUGUGAUGCCGGCAGCUAAGAAACCCUUCCUGCAGCAGUUCUACUCGCAGACCGUGUCCACCGCCAGUGAGCUGCGCAAGCCAAUUUACUGGAUCGUCGCUGCAAAAGCCAUCGAUUAUGAACAGCUCCUGCAACUGAUGGCGAACGUGAAAUGGGACGUGAAGGAAAUCAUGUCCCAGCACAAUGUGUACGUCGACGCCUUACUGAAGGAAUUUGAGCGGUUUAAUAAGAAGUUAUCAGAUCUCUCGAAACACGUCCGGAUCCCUCUUCCCGUCUCCAACAUCCUGUGGGAACACUGCAUCCGGCUCGCCAAUAGGACACUGGUGGAAGGUUAUGCCAACGUGAAGAAGUGCAGCAACGAGGGCCGAGCUCUGAUGCAGCUCGAUUUCCAGCAAUUCCUGAUGAAACUGGAGAAGUUGACUGACAUCCGGCCAAUCCCUGAUAAGGAAUUCGUGGAGACUUACAUCAAAGCCUAUUACCUGACCGAGAACGACAUGGAGCGCUGGAUCAAGGAGCACCGGGAAUAUUCCACCAAGCAGCUCACCAACCUGGUAAACGUUUGCCUUGGAUCCCACAUAAACAAAAAGGCCAGGCAGAAGCUGCUGGCAGCUAUAGACGACAUGGACCGGCCCAAAAGAUAAUUCCCGAGGACCUGGCGGAUCUGAUCUAGCGCAGAAGUGCAACCGCUGGAUUGUAAUAAAUACGUAUAAUCAUGCAAAACGCAUCCUUCUCGUGUCUGAAAAAGUAUCACCCUCGUCACAUUAUAUUUUAUUUGUACAGGUGUAUAAGGAAAGCUUUCUUAUUUCUGUUGGUUUGUACGUUUUCUGUGUGGAAUCUGCUGAGAUUUUAAUUAUGGGGGAAGACUGGCGUUUCAUAAAGUGCGAAGGAGCAAGAGGCACCAAAGAGGCUCAGACCUCUUAAUAAAUUUGACACAUUUCGCAACCCGUGCUCCAGGAAAGCAAGCCAUAACUAGUUUUCCAGCAGUGACUGGCGUGAGGUACGGUAUAUCUGUCUUUCUAUGGGAAGCCACGUCGCCUCGCUAUGACCCUCCAAUGUGGCGAGAGAGACGUAAAAUUUGAAACAAUUUCUGAGCUACAAUAUUUAUUAAUCACAUUGUAAAUUCCCCCCUUAAAUUGCAGGCAUCCUAAAUAUGUGAACCAUUUAAAGGGACCUCUUAGUCUGUUCUAUUAGUGAGUAUAGUUGCACCCACUAAACACCUCCCCCAAAGGGAGAAGCGGCUUUUCUGUGGCGUCACAUGAUGUAUCACAUGAUCCCUAUGAGCCAGUCAGCAGCUUGAAAAGAGUCAUGUGACCAUGUAACAAACAGUCCACAUUGCAAAAGAAAUACAUCUCAUGGUCUGUUGACUGGUCGAGAGGGAUCAUGUGAUGCACCAAGUGCUUUCUCUUCAAUCCCCUCUGUUUGGUUCUUUAGGGGCAGUCUUGUGGGUGUGACUGUUAUCCAUUAAGCUAAUACACUGAUGUUGUAAUUUUAGGGGAAUAUUGUGAUGACUGGUUCUCUUUUAAUAAGGCCCUUACAUGCAAGUUCCCAUAUCUGAGCCAAAAUCCUGUAAAGGCAUCUAUUAUAGCUUUUAGGUGAACCACACACAUGAGGUUCUUCUGCCAUGGAGCUCUUAUAAGAUAAUGAAAACUUGUCUGUUGUCUUCCCGAAACAGCGCCGCUGUUGACCACAGGCUGUGUCUGGUAUUGCAGAUCAGCUACAUUCAGUUGAAUAUUGAAAUGCCAUUCACAACUUUUGGACAAGAGUGGCACAGUUUUCGGUAAAAACAGUACUGUUUUUGUAAUCCUAUAAUUCCCCUUUAAUUUAAACACAUGUUCUACUCUACAUGUGACCUUUCAAUCCUCUUCCCUCCAACCCCCCCAAGUCAUAAAAUGUUACAUUUAAAGGGACAAUGCACAUAAAGUCUUUUCCAAAUGCAGAGCACUUGAAUACAGUCUAUACGCCCUUGUUGUCAUCCAUUCUGUACGCUAUAAUUACAUUCCAAAACAAUCUUGUAACUGUGAUCACUUCUUUACCUCUAAAUGCACAUACAAAUAUGUGAAUCCGAUUAGCAUCUCCCCUAAUUGCUAGUUUUAGAAGUUGCAUAUUUUAAAGGAAAAUUUCCCUAUUUAGAAAAGUGAAUGUCCCCACCCCUGAAGAGCAGAGACACUGCUUGGACACUUCCUCUUUAUUUCUUCUUUGUCAGAAUGCCCUGUAUGUAGAGUUUAUAUGAUUUUACUGUACUUGUCCUAUCUAGGUAAACUGAGCUACUGGGUAAUGCCACAUCCACUGAAUGUUCCCGCCCCCGAAGAGCUGAGUUAACGCCCCUGCUUAGUCACUUCCUGUGUAUUUCUUCUUUAUCAGUUUGGCCUGUAGAGUUAACAUGAUUUUACUGUACUUAUCCAAUCUUGGUAACUGAGCUAGUGGUUGAUGCCACAUCCACUGAAUGUUCCUGCCCCUGAGUUAAUUCCCCUGCUUCCUGUUUUAUUUUUAUUUUUACAUUUUUUUUCAGGAUGCCCUGUAGAGUCAAUUUGUCUUUGCUGUAAGUCUAUAAAAUCUGUAUAUUCUGGUCACGGUUAUUCUUUGUCAGUCUAACUUCAAUAUUAAUAUGUAAAUCUGUAUUGUUUGGGAUAUUAAUUUCUUAGCCGCAAUCAUUUUCUUUUUUUUGUCUGUCGGAUUUUUUUUAUUUUUUUUACUCUUUAUUUAAUUGCUUCAUGUUCAGCUAUCGGACUGUAGUGCCAGCUGCUUUUUGUAAACGCUUUCCACAGUAAAUGAAACUGUCAAAUCUAAAUGAAGAGAUUAAUGGGAAACCUGACUGCGAAAUAAAACACUAAUGACAAACCUA